AUGUGAAGUGCUUCCAUUUCCCACGCUCUCCUUCACCGAAGGCGACAGCGAGGAGGAGAAGGCAAACGGAAGCGGAGGAAGACGAAGGGAGAUGGAAGUCUUCUACUACUUGGUGUUCGGCGGGCUCUCCGCUAUAGUGGCGGUUUUGGAGCUGAGCAAGACGGUUAAGGACCGUGUCGCCACCUCUCCGGCCUUCAACGCCUUCAAGAACAAUUAUAUCGUUGUCUAUUCCCUCAUGAUGGCUGGUGACUGGUUGCAAGGCCCCUACGUCUACUACCUCUAUAGCCAGUAUGGCUUCGACAAAGGGGACAUUGGGCGGCUUUUCAUCGCGGGUUUCGGAUCGUCAAUGUUGUUUGGGACGAUCGUGGGAUCUUUGGCCGACAAACAGGGGCGUAAGAGGGCUUGCAUAACAUACUGCAUGACGUACAUUCUUAGUUGCAUCACAAAGCAUUCUCCGGAAUACAAAGUUUUGAUGGUGGGACGUAUACUGGGAGGAAUUGCUACGUCUUUGCUCUUCUCGUCAUUUGAGUCAUGGCUUGUUGCAGAGCACAAUAAGAGAGGUUUUGAUCCACAGUGGCUGUCUAUAACUUUCUCUAAGGCUAUAUUUCUAGGCAAUGGUCUUAUAGCCAUUGUUUCUGGUCUUUUUGCCAAUUUUGUGGCUGAUACCUUGGGAUUCGGUCCUGUGGCUCCCUUCGAUUCUGCUGCAUGUUUUCUUGCCAUAGGCAUGGCUAUUAUCCUGUCAUCUUGGAGUGAAAACUUUGGAGAUCCAUCUGAGAGCAAAGAUUUAAUGGGACAGUUCAAAGCUGCUGCUGUAGCUAUUGCUUCAGAUGAAAAAAUUGCUUUGUUGGGCGCGAUACAAUCUCUUUUCGAAGGUUCAAUGUACACCUUUGUGUUCUUGUGGACUCCUGCAUUGAGUCAAAAUGAUGAGGAUAUACCCCAUGGUUUUAUUUUUGCUACAUUCAUGUUGUCUUCAAUGUUGGGGAGCUCCAUUGCAUCUCGGCUGAUGGCCCGAUCAACUCUUAAAGUUGAAAGUUAUAUGCAGCUCGUGUUUGCAGUCUCCGCGUUCACUCUGCUGCUUCCAAUUAUCUCUACUUUCUUAUUAGCACCUUCGGAUGUGAAAGGCAGUAGCGUCUCUUUCGGAGGCUCUAUUCAACUCCUCGGCUUUUGUGUGUUUGAGGUGUGUGUGGGCAUAUUUUGGCCAUCUAUGAUGAAGAUGAGGUCCCACUACAUCCCUGAGGAGGCCAGGAGCACCAUCAUGAACUUCUUUCGCAUUCCCCUCAAUCUAUUCGUCUGUAUAGUACUCUACAAUGUAAAUGCUUUCCCAAUCACUAUCAUGUUUGGAAUGUGUUCUAUUUUCCUCUUCAUGGCCUGUGUCUUGCAAAGAAGACUCAUGGUGGUUGCUGAUAUCUACAAAAGUAAUGUGCCAUACUGCCACUGAGCCACAGGAUCGAGCAGGUCUGAAGGAGACCGAUGCCGAGGCAGAAGCUCUUGUCUGAGUUGAAAGAACAAUCAAGCUUUCAUAUCGAUACUAACCUCAAGUAGAUGGUGACACGGCAAAGAAAACAAGGGGAUUAGUGGUGGGAAAAGAAGUUGAAGUUGCAACCUGCUUCCAUUGAGAUUUGAGAGCAACAUAUUGCAAGAGAGGGUUCUCUUUAUAAAAAUAUUCUACGCUUCAGAUCCUGAUUGCUAGUCUGUUCAAGAUCUUAUACAUUAAGCUCCAUUUGUUUGAUGGAAAUAACUUAAUUGUGAAAAAUAGUUUGUAGAAAUAUCA